AUGAGUACAAUAGAAGAUGAUGUUUUUUACGAGCAAGAUGAGUUGGAUUUUGAGGAACUAAUAGAGAAAAAUAUGGAUAGUAACUUUGAAGACGAUGAGAAUAUCGAUAAAGAUCUUCUCUCAGACCUAGAGGAAUAUGAGGACGAAGAAGUUGACGGAAGCAAAGAGAAGAUAAAAAGAGAAGAAAGAUUGCAGCAAAAAAUGAAUAUGACCAAGAAUCCCUUGACUUCUGUGUCUCUAACCGCUACUAAGGAUGAAGACCAUAUUAAGCGUAGAGUUGCAAUGCUUUGUUCAGCACUUGGUGGGUUCGACUUGAAUCCGCCGCAAGAUUACAUUCUUGGUAUUGAGGCAGCUGGAUGUUUACGUGAUAUAAAAAGAUUAUUGAAGGUUGUAGAUGAAGAAAAGAACGUGCAUGUUGUGGCUUCAGCAUGCCAUGAUAGCGGUUUAUUAAUCAACGAUCUGGUUCCAAUAGUUGUUCAAUUUGGGACUACAGAUGUUGCAAAUGCAGAUCCGGAUAUAAUUAAACUAUUACUAUCGUGUUUGGAACUAAUAACUAAGUUGAUGACCCCGAUCACUCUGGGAAAUGAUGAUGUGGACGAUACUGGUUUACUGAAACUUAAACGAGCACAAAUCGAAUAUAAGCAUAGAUUACUUCACUAUAAAAAGGGAAAGAUAUUCAAGUAUCUUGUUGCCUUAAUUAUACCUGUUUUACAGCUUGAGAGGAGUGAAGUAACUCACCGUGACAAUAUCAUCUUAAACCUUUGUUUGACGCUUUUCACCAACAUUUUAAGAAUCAAACCUUCAGAUGCCAAUACAGCCAAAAAGAAUAAAAGUCAUGUCAUCAAUGUUUUUCAGGAGCUACCGCCUGGUAUUUUAGAAGAGGAUAUUUCCUUGGAAGUUGUACUUGAAGUUUAUAGAAAGUACAAGAUUCUACCCAUAGUUCAAACUAUUGCUUCUAACUUAUCAAAUGAAUUUGAAAGUCGAAUUUUGGGCACUGCCUGUUUGGAUUUCUAUUACUAUUCAUUUGUUUCUGUUGAUCCGAAGUCAUUGGUUGACGAUAUCGGUAAAGCAGGAAAUGCUCUUGACUCAUUGCCUAAAAGCGCAGCUAUAGCUGAUGCUCGAGAUGAAACUAAUGAUCGAAAUGUUUCCAAUAUUAAUGAUAGGCUUCGCCAACUUAAAAUGAAAGAAAAGGAAAACAUCCGGUCAUUCAAAUCCAAGAGCUCAACCAGGCACGCUAAAUUUGGUUCAUUGAUAAGUGUUCAAGACCGAAAAAAUGGAACUCGUGUUUUGUCAGGUCAAGAUAAGUUGAGAGAUACAAAUAUCGUAGGAUUAUUAGAUAAAAAUGUGUCUAAAAUCGAAAGUGGUAAAAUAUUCAAUAGAAUCAACAAAAAGGAAAAUGAGGGUCACGAAAAGAUUGUUAGAUUAAAUAUCAGAAGCAGAGAAUUAUUGAGUAAAUUUGUCCAAGACUUCAUUGAGAAUGGGUUCCCUAUUGUGUUCAGGGAAAUGUAUAGUAUGAUUCUAGAAGGGCUCGUCCAUCCUGAAGAAAAGAAGAUUUACAAGCUAGAUUAUGAUUUUUUCUUUGUGGUCAAUUGGAUAUUACGCUUUGAAAUGUGCUACCAAUCUGUCCACAAAAGAGGCUUAAGAACAGUUUCUAAAUAUAAAUACUUCUACUGUUGUUUCACGGGAAAGACCAUAAAGGAUUUGAUAAAUGUGUUUAUUCCAACAUACACGAAAGUGAAUUAUGAUUGUUUAAGGGUGACAACCUGUGUUUUAAAAAACAUUCUCUCAUCUGCGCUUACCAUUCACUCUUACGAGAAUUUUGAGGAUAGCAAAAUGUUAAGUGACGAUAAGAUGGUUCUAAAGGCAUUAGUUCAAACGGGAGAAGCUGUUUUAAGACUGGUAUUUGAAAUUGAAAGUGAAGUUAAGAGUUUGCUAAGAUUGCCUCAAGACGCCCAUAGAAGAUCGUACUUGUUUGGAUUGGAAAUGAUUGAAUUUACACAUGUUGUAUUAAAAGUCUUGUCCUAUAUUUCAAAGUUAUCAAUUCCUAUUAUGCUAUUCAGAAAAUAUUCAGAUGACUUCAAUGAAGACGACAUCUAUGAUGGUCAAGAUAGAUCUAAUUUGACAAAAAAUGCUUUGAAUAGAUACAAGGAACUCGAUAGGGGGAGAUGCGAGGACUUCAAGGAUCUGUUAUUUCACGAUAAUAUUGUCAGCACACAUAUUUGGCUAUUCAAACAAUACCAAGAAGUUGAAGAAGAAAAGCUAAAUUUGGUUUUGUUUUACUUCAGAAAACUACUUUUAAAAUGGGAAAGAAAUAUUCUCAAGCUAUUCAGACUUGACUUCAUGCAUGCUUUAUACGAGUUUAAAAAUGCAGAUGUCUCUCCAAAAUUGAAACUAGACUUCGGGAAUCUCACAAACUUCUUUAUGCAUCAUUUUACCAAGAUAUGCCAGCAUUCACCUUAUGCUUUCAUCGAUUUGGCUGUCUUUGAUGAAACUUUUGAUAGUGAUAUAAAGACAUACCUAAUGAGUGGCGAUCCAAUGGCACUGGGAAGCCUAACAUUUAAGGAAAGAAGAAAGACCGAAAGAAGGGGUAAUAAAGAUGUAAAGUUCAGAGAUGAUUUGAUGCCUGAUAAAAGAAAGACCAUUUUACUUGUUUCUUUGUUAUUUUUUAAAGAUAUGACAGCGGUUCUUGACACACUCUCUAAAUACUUGCAGCAAUGGUACGAUGAAUUGACCCAGACUUUUGAUGGCAAAGACCCGAUUGGUCCACUGAAUGUCUAUAGGUUUGCAGGAACCUUACAGGGGGAAUAUAGAUCAAACCCUUAUUUUAGACUUUUGUGUAAUGUGGGUGGCAUAGUCAACGGUGCCUUUAUAUCCAAAAGUGCCCAAAAGCUUUUAGAUUUUAAAACAAAUGUCGAACAAGCAAUGGAAACCCCGGUUGAUCCUGAUAUGUUGGAAGAUAUUCUCGAUGACCCAAACAUAGAAAUUCAACAGUUACAUCAAUAUAAUAAAAGGCGGAAAAGACAAAAUGUUGAUGAUGUUGAUGAUGAUCCUGACCUUAAUGAUGGUUAUGACUCAUACCUCGAAGAUGACAGCUAUGGGGAUGAAGUUGUUAAUGAUGGCGAUGAUUUGGCUGGCUCUGGAGAUGAACAACAGGAUGAAUUAGAAUUAAUGGAGACUAGGUUGCAAUCUUUAGAAAACAGAAUCAAAGGCAAAGCGAUGAAACGGACAGUUGAUGGUCAGUUGGUUGAAAUGGGCAAAAAACUCAGAAGAAAAAAAAGCAAGAAAUCCAAAGAUAAAAAGAAAACACAUAAAAGAAGGAGAAUUGUUGAAGACGAUAAUGAAAUUGUUUCAGAUGGUGAAAUUAAGCGACGGGCAAAUUUGUCUAAACAUAUGAUUUAUGACAGUGAUGAAGAAGCCAAUGAAGAUCCUAACUUCUUUGAAAGGGAGAUAAAGCUGCAUCAGCUAUUACAAAAAAGACAUGGUUUGAUUACCAAAGAACAAUAUAACUCUUUAAUGGACGGAUCACUAGAUGUUGAUGAUGUUAGUGAUUUAGACGAUAAUCUUGUCGUAGAUACUGAAAAGGAUUUAGAAAUAACAGCAGCAGCCUCAAAGCCAGACAGAGAGCUACUCAUUGAUUUAUUAAGAGGAGGGAAAAGUUUGUCUAAUGAUGAGGAGAAUGUCAUCAUGUCAGGAGAAAGUUCCCAUGAAAGCGAUACCUCUGAUGAAGAUGAAAUUUCCGAAGAGCAUCAAGUUUCUGUAGAACUGGGUAGAAUCAGGGAUAUGUUACGUAAUAGCUCUGGUGAACCUGAAGUGUUCAAUAAUGUGGAGAACAAGAGACCUACGAAACUAAGAAUUGUUGAUGAUGAGGAAGAGGAGGAGGAGGAAGAGGAAGAGGAGGAAGAAAAAAGAAAGUUGGCGAAGGUAAAGGAUCAAAAAAACGAAAAUUUAAGAUUAGCGGGAAAGCCGGGAGGGGAUAAUACAAAUAGCGAUGUGGCAGCCAAUAUUCAUCCAGAGGAACAAAUGCAAGAGACUGAGAUAGAUAGCCAAAUGACUUCUACUAGCAGUGUGGACUCUACUACGCAGACUACUGAAAAUACGGAAAUUGAUAUUCUUAAUAGUCUAAGACAAAUUCACGACGUAAUUAAUUUACAAAACAUCUGA